CACGCAUGGUACUCUGCAUGCUCUCCAUUGACUUUUUACGGUGGAGAAUUAAAUAUUUAAACACCCGAAUUUAUGGAGUAAUUAAUCAGAAUGAAAUUCGCGUACAAGUUCAGUAAUCUUCUCGGUACAGUGUACCGAAAGGGAGAUUUAAUAUUUUCGCCUGAUGGAGCGUCUGUCGUCAGUCCCGUUGGAAACAGAAUUACUGUAUUCGACUUGAAGAACAAUAAAUCAACUACUCUCCCAGUGGAGUCCAGAUUCAACUUUACUGCUAUUGAUUUAUCCCCAAAUGGGAAUAUACUCAUUGCUAUCAACGAGGAGGGUGAGGCCCAUAUCAUCAGUAUGAUCAGCAAAAUGAGCAUUCACAAGUACAGGUUUAAAAGACCUGUCAAGUGUGUUAAAUUCUCACCUGAUGGAAAACACUUUGCAGUCUGCAAGGAAAAUAGAGUAUUCAUCUUCAACGCCCCAUGUCUCGAGACCGGUGACUUCAACCCCUUCGUGAUGGAGCGCGUGUUCUCGGGUCCAGUGGACGACACCACAACCCUGUGCUGGUCGUUCGAUUCAAAAAUCCUCGCAGUAGGUUCCAAGGACACCACAACAAAGCUCUACAGCCUCGAAAAGUUCGCAAACUUCAGAUACUGUUCGCUAGGUGGUCACUCCGAGGAGAUAGUCUCCUGCUUCUUCGAGAAGAGCUCCUACGACCUGACAACGAUCAGCAGAAACGGUCACCUCUGCGUGUGGGAGUGUUCCCUGGAGCCCGAGGACCUCGUCAUCUACGAGCCCCCGACUAAAAGGGAAAAACCGAGAGAAGACAGCGACAGUGAGGACGACGUUGACCUGGAGAGGGCGCUCGAAAAGACCGAGAAGCAGAAAAAACGAAUGUUGAGUUCAACUGAGCCCCAAGAAGACGAAGACGAUCCCUCGUCCAACGAGAAAGACAGAAUAAAGAGACUUAUAUACAAAAGACUGGCGAGACAUUACCUGGCAGACGAGCCCAGGAAAUCCGACAGAUCGGCCAUCCUGACAGCAGCUGCUUACCACCCAAGCACAAAAAUUCUCGUCACAGGGUUCAGCAAUGGCUGCUUCUUCCUCCACGAGAUGCCAGAAGUCAGUAUGAUCCAUUCUCUCAGCAUCUCCAAUAACUGCAUAUCGACAAUAGCCUUGAACUCAACAGGUGACUGGAUUGCCCUGGGAUGUGCCAAGCUGGGUCAGCUCCUGGUCUGGGAGUGGCAGAGUGAGACGUACGCCAUGAAGCAGCAGGGCCACAGUAACUCCAUGAACUCCUUAGCCUACAGUCCCGACGGCCAGUACAUAAUCACAGGAGGGGACGACGGAAAAGUGAAGCUCUGGAACACCCUGAGUGGCUUCUGCACUGUCACCUUCUCCGAGCACACAUCCUCAAUCUCCCACGUGUUGUUCAGCCACAACCGAAAGUUCAUAGUGUCAGGCUCGCUGGACGGAACAGCUCGUGCUUACGACCUCACCCGUUACAGGAACUUCAAGACCUUCACGUCCCCAAGACCCGUUCAGUUCUCGUGUCUAGCCCUUGACUCAAGCGACGAGUUCUUGGCAGCUGGAGGCCAGGACGUCUUCGACAUCUACCUCUGGAGUGUGAAGCUGGGAACUCUCUUGGAGAUCCUGAGUGGCCACGAGGGCCCAGUCUCCAGUCUGUCCUUCAGCCCCAGUCCUGCCAGCACCGCUCUGGCCUCAGUCUCCUGGGACAAAACCCUGAAGCUGUGGAAUGCUAUUGAGAGUGGCUCCACUCACGAGACCAUUCAAUUAACUGGUGAUGGCUUGUGCGUGGUUUAUAAACCCAGUGGGGACGAGGUUGCUGUCGCCACUCUGGAUGGGCAGAUAUCGUUCUUCGACUGCAAAACAUCGAACCAGACUGGGAGCAUCGAGGGAAGGAAGGACUUGGGGAGUGGUCGAGGGGAGACUGAUCUCAUUACUGCCAAGAAGAGUCUCGAGGGAAAGGCAUUCACGACGUUAUGCUACACUGCCGAUGGGGCCUGCAUUCUGGCUGGUGGACUCUCCAAGAAUGUCUGUAUUUACAACGUCAAGGAGGCUGUGCUCGUUAAGAAGUUCGAGAUCACGCAGAAUCGAUCGUUCGAUGCUGUUGAUGAUUUUGUCAACAGACGCAAGAUGACGGAGUUUGGGAAUCUGGCGCUGGUGGAGGAACGGGAGGAGAGGGAGGGGGGCCAUGUGGCACUGAGGCUGCCUGGGGUGAAGAGUGGGGACAUGGCUAGCAGGAGUGUCAAGCCAGAGGUCAGGGUUUUUAGCCUGCAGUUCUCGCCUACUGGGCAGGCCUGGGCUGCUGCCACCACUGAAGGCCUUUUGAUUUACUCGGUGGAUGUGGGACUCGUCUUCGAUCCGUUUGAACUCGAGAUGGGGAUCACCACGGAGAGUGUGCUGGAGGCUCUGGGGGGUGGGGAGUACGCCAGGGCUCUUAUGAUGGCGUUGAGGCUGAAUGAGAAGGAUUUGGUUAGGAGAGUUGUUGAGAGGGUUCCUUAUGGGGAUGUGGAGCUGACGGUUGUCACUGUCUCGCAGGUUUAUGUGGAGAAGCUGCUGAAGUUCAUCGCUGUUGAGCUGGAGAGGACCAGACACAUCCAGUUUUAUUUGAUUUGGAUCGAGAUUAUUCUUACGAGGAUAGGGCAUAAGAUCAACUCGCCGCUUCAGAUGCCCGUUCUGCUGACUCUGCAGAAGAACAUGCAGCAGAAGUAUGAUGAUCUUAGUAAGAUCUGUGAUUUCAAUCAAUAUACGAUGAGUUUUAUCAGGAGGAGGGGGGAGCUACGGGGGCAGGUUGAAGGUGGGGGUGGGAGUGAUGGAGAGUCGGAUGUGUCUGGAGGGGACAUGGAAGUUGAUUGAUUUUGUACAGAAUUGCUCUUUUAAGGAAUUAAAUAUGGAUAUUUUGGAAUUUGGGGGGUUUGGAGUAUUUUUUACGCACAUUUUGAUAUAUUUUUAAAUUGCAGAAUAAAGUUGGAGGAAAAUAGUGAGAUUUUCA